AUGGAAGAUACUCCUGCCCCUGCUUGUGAAUGGAAACACUUUCGCGAUUGGGCCCUUGUUGUUGUCUCUUGCCAACUGAACGCAAGCCAAAAAGGACUAGAGGUCGAGACUUGGAAUUUGGCAUCGAUUAUACACACCUUAUCGAUGGAGGUAUAUUACCCAGGACAUGAGAAGCCGAAGGCGUCUGUGAUCUUGUUCGACCUCUGUGAGCUAAUCAACUGGUUGAAUACUAUCAACUCCUUCAUCCUACCUGAAUUCGAGUUUAAACAACCAUUGCGAACACACAUAUCUAGGCAAGAAAUCGUCGAAGCUACUCAGACAGCGCAUAAAAACGGUAUUUGUAUGAAUCGGCUCUGGAACCUGGCGGUAGGGGGACAUGAGAGGGAAGAGGUUGACUUACCUGUUCUCAUGAGAAUGCUACAAAGCCAAAAUCGGACAGACUCGUCUGAUGUCGAAACAUCGCACCGGAGUUCAGGACAUGAUACCUGCACCGCAGAAGUCUGCUGUUUUAGCAGUAUUGAUAGCACCCGUGUUCAACAGCUUCACAAGUGCUCAGACAAAGCUUGCGAUGAUAUACUAUGGUUCCGAACCUCAGGGGUUCAGAGCGAAUGUAUCACAUGGUGGCUUGACGACGGCGAGAAAAGUCCGUAUAUUGUCGACUCAAAAAAAGAGCCAUACAUGGCAAUCUCCCAUGUAUGGUCAGAUGGCACAGGCGGAGGAGUACAAGGCGAUGGCCACGUAAACCGGUGCUUAUUCAAUUACUUCAGAGAUAUAGCGAUAAGCCUGGGGUGCAGAGCAAUUUGGUGGGAUACAAUUUCUAUCCCGUCGGAACGGGUAGCUCGACAAAAAGCUAUCAGUCGGAUGCACGAGAAUUUCAGAGAAGCCUCUCACACGAUUAUACACGAUCAGUCCAUCGUUCAGUCUCCCUGGACUGACGGCGGUCGCUCAUGUCUCGCUCUCGUGCUCUCACCAUGGUUCACUCGUGCCUGGACUGCUCUGGAGCUGAGGCUGACUCAUAAAGGGAAAGUUUGGGUGAUAUAUGAUGAUCCCAGCGGCUACAAAUUAAAGAAUCUUGAUGAAAAUAUCCUAGCUCGUCAUCCAGCUUAUUCUUCCCGCGGUCAUUGGAUAGUAUCGUCCUUGGUCGAGCAGCUACGUCAGCAACAAUUCAACAAUAUUGGAGAUAUCUUGAAAGUCCUUCGGACAAGAAACACGUCGUGGCCACGAGAUCUUAUGGUAGUCGCUGGGCUUCUUACCGAACAUAAGCCAGAGACAACCAAGUCUGACUUCAUUGCGCUCAUUACGCGCGCUGUUAUUGCAGGUCUCGUAGUAAUUGAAGAAUCUUUCCUAUACCAUGGCCACGCUACUAUGAGCCAAAAAGGGGGAUGGUCUUGGUGCCCAUUCAGCUUGUUGGAUGUUCAGCUACGGACCAAUGCGGAUGAGUAUGAGAGAAUCUAUGUUGAUGAACAGGGCGCGACAACUGGAUACUGGAAGUACCGCGAGUUAGAAAAAGGGGAUACAGACAAGCUGCAACCCUAUAGCUUUCACAUAUCAGUUCACUGGCAGAUUCGGACCGCUCUGGAUCAGUGGGAGAAUUGCCUAUUGUUGCAACAUCGUUAUACAUCGCCGAAAGCUCUACUAGUUAUACCUUUAGGGUCUGGUAUUUCGAACAUAGGUGGCGAGGACUAUCAUGUUCUGGAGUGUCAAUUCGUUGGCACUGUAUACACAUUGCUCGAGUGGGGCGAAUCCUUCAGGAUCACAGUCCGACUGGGAAAGCUUGAGAGUGAACCAAUCAUGAAUGCAAAAGAUUGCAUCGACGAGUAUAGGGGUAUCAAAGGUCCAAGAAUGGUUAUGCCUCCUUCUGGGCAUGAUUUGAUUUCUAUAAGAGAAGCACGGAAAAAGCUUCUAGCCCCGAGCGAAAGAGCAUGA